AUGUGGGAGUCAAGUUUCUCGGAUUCUGCAUCGAUUCGCUGCAAAGCUUUCCACUUUGAUUCUAACAAAGUCUUUGACAUCCCGACGCGGAAACCUCUGAAAGUCAAUAUUAUCAAGGCCGUCUUCAACAUUAUUCUGGCCUUUGGACUCAUUGCCGCGCUCUUGACUGGCUAUGCCAUAGGGCUUCAACUUUAUGACUUUGGAAUCACCUCCAUCGGCCUUUACGGCGCAAUCCUGAUCUCGGAAUAUAUCAUACAGUUCUCCUGCGCAAUCGGUAACCGAAUUCAAGUCAAUCGUAUCACCGAUAACCUGACGAGAAAACGUAUAAAUGCAAGCCUAGCUGGCGACUGCGAAAAGGGCACGAAGACUACACCAACUGCUAAGCUUCUGAACCCCGAUGGUGAUGUCUCAAUUGCUGUUGUUGGCUACCGCGAGGACGAACAGGCAUGGCGGCAAUGUCUUCGGAGCUUGCAAACGCAAACACUUCACCCGAAGUGCGUUGUGGGUGUUGUGGAUGGUAAUGAAGAGCCUGACUUAGACAUGGCUCGUGCUUUUGUCGAUGAAUUCAAAGGGUUGAAUGCUCCACUCAUUCACUUGCCUAUCCUACUCUCGGAUCUGCAUCGAGACACUUACUUCAAGAAUUUGCCUGCAGAUAAGCGGUCAAUGUUCCGCAAAAUUUGGCAUUGGCUCACCGGUGGUCAUAGACCAGGUCAUGCGAUGGCAUUGUCGAUUGCUAGGCAGGUGGUCAUUGAACAGAUAUUGCGAUGGAACGACGAAUGGAAUAUCAGUAGCCUUGACGCCGUGUGCUUUAGUCAACCACAUGGCCAUAAGCGUACCGCAAUGUUCACGGCGUUCGCUAUGAGCUUGUACGCCUUGCGAACGCGAGAUUCCAUUUUUACAACGGACUCAGAUACUCUUGUCCAGGACAACGCUUUGGAUGAAAUGUUGACUUUGCUGCGUUCUGAGGCACAGCUAGGUGGCGUAACCGCGGAUGUAAAGAUUUGGAACCGGUCCGAGAACUUGCUCGCGCGGCUUUGCUCGGCGCGGUACUGGUUUGCUUUCAAUAUCGAGCGGGCUUGCCAGUCAUUGUGGCGCUGUGUUGGUUGUCUCUCUGGUCCGAUGAGCAUGUACCGUGCCUCCGAUCUGGAGACGAUCCUUGGUCCGUGGAACUUACAGACAUUUGGAGGAAAAGCAACGACAUUCGGCGAUGAUCGACACUUAACAAACCAGCUGCUGGCUCACGGUCUCAACACCCGUUACACUCAUCGAACGUGGUGUGAUAGCGAGUCUCCAACAGCUUUCAAUCGAUGGGUUACUCAACAGACGCGAUGGAGCAAGUCCUUCUUCCGAGAGACGUUCUGGUUCCCAGCAAGCUUUGUCUACCAAGCGCCGUGGAUGCUGGUCGAAACAACCAUACAGACGCUGUAUCCAUUCAUCCUGAUUGCCACUUGCUUCCACUUUCUCUUCGAGUCUUCGAACAACGACUGGCGCCCUCUGAUAUGGCUUGGUACCAUGUUCGCCAUCGCCUUCUUCAAAUCCUCAUUAGCAAUGCUGAUGAGUCACGAUCCUUGGCUGCUCCUCUUCAGCUUCUAUGGUUUCGUUUAUUUCUUCGGGCUCCUGCCGUCCAAAAUAUGGGCCCUAUUCACCAUGAAUCAAACUGGCUGGGGAACUUCAGCGCGAUCAUCCUCUGAACGUAAACGAGGUCAAUCAUUUCUGCAACGCUCUUUUCAUGUCGGCCAUUUAGUCAUCUGGUAUUCGGCUGUGUUCACCGGACUCGGCUUCUUCCUUUACCGAAUAUUCCAAAACCCGCUAUAUUUUCUAGUUGCUGCAGCUGCCAUCCUAUUGUCAUUGUUCCUCUACUGGCAGCCGUCCCUUUCGAUUGCGGGCCUUGGAGCAAAAGUCAGAGGUGUCCUUGGCAAAAGAAAGCCCGCUCCCAGAACCUCGUAUGUUCAAGUUAACGAAGAAAAUCUUCCUCAGCGACCAUCUCCAGUGCUUUUGGCAGAAGAUCAACCUCCUGCCGCGUUUAAGGAAACUGAUACAAAAGACAUAAAGGUGCAGCUGGAUGAAAAAGGUCUGGUGGAUAACAGCUCGAGUUCAACAAUCAACCUACCACCUGUCGCGAAGCUGUCGUGA